GAGAUAGAUAGAGCGGGGAGGGGGAGGAGAGGAGAGUGAGGGAAGAAAGAGGGCAUUAAGGAAAGGAAGAAGGCAGGGAGUAUCAAUGACAUCAACCAGCAGUAUCUGAGGCCGCCCGACCAGCCAUGCUCUCCCGACAAAAGGGCUGAGGAGCUGCCGUGACCCGCUGCGCUCCCAAGAGGUCGGUCGACAGCCAGGACGGUGGGGGGAAACGCCGGCGAUGUGUGCAUGCAUCCUCCACAAAGACAGACCUUUCUCUGAGUGGAGCUCUGCUGCCACUGGAUUACAUUUAUCCUUGCUGUUUCCGAGGAAGCUUCCAGCUGCAAAUCCACCCACAUGAAUCUACCAGACAGUAAAGAAGACGGAGCACUUUCUUCCAAGAGUGCCUACCCCUGUUGAGUGAAGCACUACUCGUAUCUCCGUCAUCUCCAACCAACCCACGGUGGUGCCAUGCCGCUGCCCAGUACAGGUGGAGUUCUAGCCCAGUCCAGGAGGCCUAUCCUGGGUCUCCGCCUUAGCCCCUCUCCACUGUGUCUCCUGCUGCCUUUGAUUAUCCUGCUAACCAGCUCUUUGAGCAGCGUGUGUGGAGCACCAGCUCCCCCAAAGUUCACCAAGAUUCCCACAGACCAGAUCGGAGUGUCAGGGGGUGUGGCAUCAUUUGUGUGCCAGGCCACUGGCAAUCCCAAGCCGGUCGUCUACUGGAACAAGAAGGGCAAGAAGGUCAACUCCCAGCGUAUCGAGACCGUAGAGUUUGAUGAGGGUGCAGGUGCUGUGCUGAGGAUCCAACCGCUCAGAGCACCCCGAGAUGAGAACAUCUACGAGUGUGUGGCACGCAACAGUGAAGGAGAGGUGUCUGUCACUGCAAAGCUGGCCAUUAUCAGAGAAGACCUGUUGCCAUUUGGCUUCCCCAGUAUAGACAUGGGUCCCCAGCUGAAGGUGGUGGAGCGGACGAGGACGGCCACCAUGCUGUGCGCUGCUAGCGGCAUCCCCGACCCAGAGAUUUCCUGGUUCAAAGACUUCCUGCCUGUCGACCCCACCAUCAGCCAGGGUCGCAUCAAACAGCUCCGAUCAGGAGCAUUGCAGAUCGAGAACAGUGAGGAAACAGACCAAGGGAAGUACGAGUGUGUGGCCACCAACUCUCAAGGCGUGCGCUACUCCUCCCCUGCCAACCUGUAUGUGCGAGAGCUUCGAGAAGUGCGCCGUGUGCCCCCUCGUUUCUCCAUCCUCCCCUCCAACCAUGAGAUCAUGCCGGGAGGGAGCGUCAAUAUCACAUGUGUGGCCGUGGGUUCGCCCAUGCCCUACGUCAAGUGGAUGCUGGGCAGCGAGGACCUGACCCCCGAGGAUGAGAUGCCGAUUGGACGGAACGUGCUGGAGCUCAAUGGUGUCCGGGAGUCUGCAAAUUACACCUGUGUGGCCAUGAGCAGCCUGGGUAUCAUCGAGGCCACCGCUCAGGUCUUAGUAAAGACUUUGCCAAAGCCUCCCGGCACACCCAUAGUCACAGAGACCACCGCCACCAGUGUGACCAUCACCUGGGACUCCGGCAACCCAGACCCUGUCUCCUACUACAUCAUCCAGUACCGAGCCAAAGGGCCGGACAGCAAGUACGAGACAGUGGACAGCAUCACCACCACCCGCUACAGCAUCGGGGGACUGUACCCCAACACCGAGUAUGAAAUCAGAGUGUCUGCCUUCAAUAGCAUCGGCCAGGGCCCCCCCUCUACGCGCGUGGAGGCUCGAACAGGAGAGCAGGCCCCGGCCAGCCCUCCCCGAAACGUCCAGGCUCAUAUUAUUUCUCAGAACACGGUGAUGGUCCGCUGGGAGGAGCCAGAGGAACCCAAUGGACAGGUGAAAGGCUACCGCGUGUACUACACCACAGACCCGUCCCGGCCGAUGAAUGAGUGGCAGAUUCAUAACGUCCAGGACAGUGUGAUCACCACCAUUCAGAACCUGGUGACCUCUGAGACCUACACCAUCCAGGUCCUAGCCUUCACCUCUGUAGGGGACGGACCCUUCUCAGACCCCGUCCAUGUUAAAGUCAUGCCAGGAGUUCCAGGCCAACCGGGGAAGUUUAAAGUCGGUAGAGUGACAGACACCAGCAUUGAGCUGACCUGGGAACCUGCUUACACCAAGGAGGGCAUUGUCAACUAUGAGCUGCUCUACAAACCUGUCAAGUUUGGCAGUUUGGAGAAGCUGACCUUCGGGCCUAGGAAUUCUUACACAGUGGAGGGCCUGAAAGCGAACACAGAAUACUCCUUCUCCCUGGCCGCCAUCUCAACCAAAGGCAUCGGAGCUUUCACCAACGAAGUGGUGCAGAGAACGUCACAAGCCAAGCCCUCGGCUGCACCCGAGGGUGUGUCCUGCGAGAGUGCCAGCUCCACCUCACUGAGAGUAAGUUGGAAGCCGCCUCCAAUGGAGGGCCAGAAUGGCGAGUUGGCAGGUUAUGAGCUGAGAUACCAGAGAGUUUCUGGGGCAGGAGGCAGAGGUCAGGGCCAGGAGGUGAAGGGGCUUCCUUUCCCAGCCCAGCAGGGGCAGACAGUGUUAGAGGGGCUGGAGAAAUGGAGCUGGUACAACAUCACCAUAGCAGCCUUCACUGCAGAGGGGACUGGACCCAACAGCCUGGCUGUGCUUUGCAGAACUGAUGAGGACGUUCCUGGUGCAGCCCCUCGCCAGGUGGACGUCCAGCCGCUCAACUCCUCAGCAUUUCGAGUCACAUGGCGAUCUGUGUUGCCACGGUUACGGCAAGGCCAGAUCCGUGGCUACCAGGUGCAUUUCAGCCGCGCCGAGAGCGGUGAAUCACGAAACCUUCCCCGGAUCAAAGACCUCUUAUUGGACGAGUCCCAGAUGGAGGAGGAUGACUCGACUCAAUAUGAGCUGAUUUUGGGAGGUCUGAAAGCAGAGACUUUGUACUCUGUCACAGUGGCAGCGUACACCACCAAAGGGGAUGGAGCGCACAGCAAAGCCAAGCUGUUGCAGACCCUGGGGAUUGUGCCCGGCCCACCCUCCCUUUGGGUGCGUCCAGGAUCGGGUCCAUCAGUGGUAGUGCAGUGGGCUCCUCCGCUGGAGUGCUCUGAGUCAGGUUCUGAUAGCCAGGGGGCCCCAGUGGAAAUCCAGGGCUACCGCCUACAGUUUGGCCUGAAGAAUACCUCUUUAAACACCACAGUGGAUUUCACGAAUCGGGAGAAAAACUUCACUGUCAGAAAUCUCUCCCCUGGCUCCUCCUACGUCUUUGUGCUCUCCGCGAAGAGCAGAGCAGGCUACGGAGAUGCAGUGCAGCAGGAAAUAACAGUUCCCAUGUUCCCACCCUUGGGAUACCCCAAAAUAUCUGACUUUGUUAAUGCCACUUGCUGCUCCCUCCAGUUCUCCUGGCUGCCCCCUGCCCCAGAGGAGUGCAACAGUGUCAUCACAGAGUACACCAUAGCUUACAAAGAGGUUGUGGGCCCCAAACCCUCUGCUGACCCUGGCCCUUCAGCCUUACCAGCCCCCCCUGCUCCCCCGUGGCUGAUCAUGCUACCAGCGAGUGAGUCCAGCUACACCAUCCUGGGCCUCAAUCACAGCACAGCCUACGAGGUGCAGCUCAGAGCCCACAACAAGGCAGGGCCAGGCCCCUUCAGCCCACCUCUGGUGAGCCAAACCCUGGCCCUUGAAACAGAUGUGCCAAGGAAUUUUUCAGUCAACCUGGCCACUAAAACCAGUGUUCUUCUGACCUGGGAGUUUCCAGAGAGCAGCAACUCCUAUCGCUUUACUGUGGAGUAUAACCGACAGAAGAUGGAGGUAGAUGCUCGUCUGAGAAAAGCAGUCAUCCCAAACCUUCAGCCUGACACCAGCUACGACUUUAAAAUCACUGCUCCGGAGGGCAACAUGGGAGGCCUUCGCCACCGCAUCUCCGCCAAGACCUCCCCGCCGAUCACCAUCCGCCGCCCUGAGAUUGACCACACCCGUGACACUGAGACCACAGUCACCAUAAUCCUGCCAUCGCUGGAGACUCGCACUCCUGUCAAGAAUGUUUAUGUUGUUGUGGUUCCGCUGAGGAGAGCCCGCGGCGUCAUCAGACACCUCAAGAGCCCAGAUGAAAUGGACCUAGAGGAGCUGUUAAAAGACAUCAGUCAAAGGCAGAGGGAUUCUCGGCAGCAGAAGCAGGUGGACCUGCGCCGGGCUUACAUCACAGCCCGUUUCACACCUGCCACCCUACCUGCCUUCUUCACCCUGGGGGACCAGCUGGACUACGGAGGCUUUGAGAACCGAGCUCUAGACCCAGGGCAGGAGUACGUCUUCUUCAUUCUGGCUGAGCUCAAUUCCACAACCGGGAAAAUGUAUGUGGCCAGCCCCUACACAGACCCUGUGAUUGCCCCAGAUUCAGACCCCCAGCCCCUCGAUGCAGGUGAUGGUCUGAUCUGGGUAGUUGGACCUGUCCUGGCUGUGGUCUUCAUCAUCUGCAUCGUCAUCGCUAUUCUCCUUUACAAAAACAAGCGCAAGGACUCUGAACCCGGCACCAAGAGCCUUUUAAGCAACGCAGAGAUGAUGGCCCAUCACCCAACAGACCCUGUGGAGAUGAGACGCAUCAACUUCCAGACUCCUGGAAUGAUGAGCCAUCCUCCCAUCCCCAUCAGCGAGCUGGCUGAGCACAUAGAGCUGCUGAAAGCUAACGACAACCUGAGACUCUCCCAGGAGUAUGAGUCCAUUGACCCUAGUCAGCAGUUCACCUGGGAGCAUUCGAACCUGGAGGUCAACAAGCCCAAAAACCGCUACGCUAACGUCAUAGCAUACGACCACACCAGAGUCAUCCUGGCUCCCAUAGAAGGUAUCCUGGGGAGCGACUACAUCAACGCAAACUACAUUGAUGGCUACAGGAAGCAGAAUGCCUACAUCGCUACCCAGGGACCGCUGGCGGAGACGUUCGGGGACUUCUGGAGGAUGGUGUGGGAGCAGCGGGCCGCCUCUGUCGUCAUGAUGACGCGCCUGGAGGAGAAAUCACGGAUAAAGUGUGACCAGUACUGGCCAAGUCGCGGCACAGAGACAUACGGGAUGAUCCAGGUCACCCUGCUGGACACAAUGGAGCUGGCCACUUUCUGUGUUCGCACCCUUUCCCUGCAUAAGAGUGGCAGCAGUGAACGGCGAGAGGUGCGUCAGUUCCAGUUUACAGCCUGGCCAGAUCACGGUGUGCCAGAGUAUCCCACCCCCUUCCUCAACUUCCUCCGCAGGGUCAAAGCCUGCAACCCUCCUGAUGCUGGACCUAUCAUCGCUCACUGCAGUGCUGGUGUUGGCCGCACCGGCUGUUUUAUCGUCAUCGAUGCCAUGCUGGAGCGCAUUCGACAUGAGCGCACCGUGGACAUCUACGGUCAUGUGACCCUGAUGCGCUCACAGAGGAACUACAUGGUGCAGACGGAGGACCAAUACAGUUUCAUCCACGAGGCCCUGCUGGAGGCGGUGGCCUGCGGGAACACUGAAGUGGCCGCCAGGAGUCUGUACUCUUACAUGCAGAAGCUGUCCAAGGUGGAGACUGGGGAGCACGUCACCGGCAUGGAGCUGGAGUUCAAGCGACUGGCUAAUACCAAAGCCCACACAUCCCGGUUUGUCACGGCCAACCUGCCAUGCAACAAAUUCAAGAACCGACUGGUCAACAUCAUGCCCUAUGAAACCACCCGCGUCUGCCUCCAGCCAAUCAGAGGCCUAGAGGGCUCCGACUACAUCAAUGCCAGUUACAUAGACGGAUACAGGCAGCAGAGAGGCUACAUUGCCACCCAGGGUCCACUGGCUGAGACUACGGAGGAUUUCUGGAGGAUGCUGUGGGAACACAACUCCACUAUAGUGGUCAUGCUCACUAAACUGAGAGAAAUGGGACGGGAGAAGUGUCACCAGUACUGGCCAGCUGAGCGCUCAGCCAGGUACCAAUACUUCGUGGUGGACCCCAUGGCUGAGUACAACAUGCCUCAGUACAUCCUCCGGGAGUUCAAAGUUACUGAUGCCAGGGAUGGCCAAUCACGGACGGUGCGUCAGUUCCAGUUCACUGAUUGGCCGGAGCAAGGUGUGCCCAAAUCUGGAGAGGGCUUCAUCGACUUCAUUGGCCAAGUCCACAAAACCAAGGAGCAGUUUGGCCAGGAUGGACCAAUCACUGUUCACUGCAGUGCUGGCGUGGGGCGGACAGGUGUCUUCAUCACUCUGAGUAUCGUCCUGGAGAGGAUGCGUUACGAAGGGGCAGUGGACAUCUUCCAGACUGUCAAAAUGCUGCGCACACAGAGACCAGCCAUGGUGCAAACUGAGGAUGAGUACCAGUUCUGCUACCAGGCUGCUCUGGAGUACCUGGGUAGCUUUGACCACUAUGCAACGUAAGUGAAGAGACGACCAUCCAUCCAUCUUUCUGCUUUGAGGUCCACAAACAAACCAACAAGUGAAACAAGAGAAAGACGGCCUGAAAUAACGUGAACAUUGCAGCUUUUUCCGGGAGCACAACUCAAAGAUGAAUUCGACACCAACAAGGACAAAAAGCAACAACAAAAACAGCAACAAGAAAUCUAUGUCUAACAGCACCCACACUCAUCAGGAGUUUCCCCGAGGAGCUGGUGGGUGUGGAGACUGUCCAUGUGUAAUCCAUAUACUUACCUCAGUGUUCCAGUGUGAAGGACGUAUAAUACAUGUGUGUUGUGGUCAGCUAUCUCCAAUAUGAACCAGUGAAAUACAAACGGCUUCUGAACAGGAAUUAUGAUACUAUAUGUGUAUAAAAAACAAAAAGGAAAAAAAAACACAAAGAGCCUGGAUAUUUGCUGCACCCUAAAUGGGCUUUUUAUCCUCAACUUUGUAUCUAUUGGUUUGGUGUACUAAGGGGUUACAAAGUGCAAAGGUGAACAUUUCUAUGUGUCCGUGAGUCUAUUUCAAAGGUGUCUACUGCUACCACAGGUAGUUCUGAUUAUAGUUUAAAGCAGAUGACUAGGUUAUGCCUCGGCAGAAGCCUACGGUACGGACUCACCACUCUGAGGACUGUUGGAGAAGCAUGUGGAUGCUAUUUUACCCGACGCACAGUGCCAAGAGAAACCAUGCAGCGUGAACUGUGGCCUACAAGGAGAGAUGGCUCCCUCUUUUAUCCAGCAUAACAUAAAGUCAGACUAGAGACUAACACGCUGGCCAAGGAUCAGUUCACACUCCCAAAUCGUGUCCUCACUGAGUAACAGCUGGCCUCAGAACAGUGAUUUACAGCCCAUCAUAUCCUCAACUGGGCUGAGAUUUGUAGUCCAGUGCAUUCUUCAUUCAACAAAGCUUGCUUGCUGUUUGCUGUAGUCCUUGUUCAUCCUCCAGCUCGGCUCCUCUUGAUGUCAGCCCCAUUGUGUCAGUUCAGCAGUGGCUUAUUGAAAGAAAUGCUAAUGAAAGAACUGCGCUUCAAUGCCUUUUCUUUCUCGAAUUUAAAACAGUUCUCAGUCCAUUUCUGCAGACAUGAUUCUUGUGUGUUUUUAUUGUACGUCCUUGCCUUACGCUGACAUAUUUCUUGUGUUUUAACAUGCUGCUUAAUGUUCACGCGUUGUGUGCUAAACUUUUAUUGUCAUACAGUAUCUUAAACCGAGGAUGAAAGUUGUUUCCUUAUCAUCUUCCUCCUCUAAAGCUAACCUACUUGAAUUGCACCACUUUGCAGUUAAAUCAGUGUGAUAUUUUACUAUUUAAGGCUACAGAAAGAUAAUGAGAGAAAUCCCAAAAAACAUUCAGCGCAAGUGGUGAAUUGCUCACUUUCAACAGUCCUCUCCCCUCACCCAACUGUCCCACCACCAUAUAAACUCCAUUCAAAUUCUCUCUGUUUCUAAAUCACACUGUACAGAACAUCCCAACUUAACCAAAUGAUGUUUUUCCCUCUGUCCUCUCCAGUACAACUGCACAAGUCCUUGAUAUCGAUAUAUAUCUUUUCUUUAAUUUGACAUAUAAUCAUAAUUGGUCCCACGUGGUGAUUGAAGAGCACAGCGAUGUUCCAGUGUAUCAGACAUCUCGGGCGAUUUCACCGAUUUUGUACAUACAGUCUAUCAUUGGAGUCCUAUACAGUACAGUUACAUACGUCUGAGCACAAGAUAUAACGUGGGAUUGGAUGUGAUGUAGUUCUUAUUGUCGCAAAAAAAGAAGCCUUAUUGUUAUUGUUCACUUUGUCAUAUUUAUUUCAUAUGAUUUUUUAAGAUAUUUAUUAUUCUAUUUUGUUACUUUUUACGUAUGUUUUUAAUUUAUUUAUUUGGGAUAUCUAGCAACUAUAACCAAUAAGAUGUUGUUUACUUGUUUCUUUGGCGAGCCAAUGUUAAAGUAUGAUAUUGUCACUGUUUGUUUUUUUAUUUUUAAUGGUCAGUUUUGGUGCUUUUUUAUUUGCUUUGUUAUUAUAAAGUAUGCCCUCUGUGUAGGGUGCUAUUUGAUACUGAUUACUGAUGUCCGACUAGUUAGCUAGAGAUGUACAUUAGAGGCAGACCUAGUUUAAGUUUACAGUGAUGCCCUUUUGAUGCCCUCCCCCACUCAACCUCCAUAGCAACAGCAUUGGUGUGAUCAAAGCAACAGAGGUAAGAUCCACCCCACCGUGAUAGGUUUAAGGGCAUCAGAAGAAAUGGGAUAUAUAGAGCAGACUUGUUGGUGAAAACCUCAGACAAGCUGCUGGUAUUUAGUUUGCUGGAAAGCACAUGGUAGCAAGUGUAUUUUUUGAAAGAAAAUGGGUGAAGAAUCGCCCAGCUACACACACUCACAAGUUAUUGUUUAAAUCUGAAAUUAUUCUGAUAUGAAAUUUAUGUGUGGUCCAGAAGUCUUGACAGUGUGUGACAUAUAUGAAAUAUGUUAUUCCUUCGAUUUCUAAUGAUUAUUGUGUCAAGAGAAAUAUAAAAGGCACACACAUGAAACAUAAUAUGAAAUGUGUUGAGGGCCAGCUCUGAUGAUGCCAUCCCUGUCACUUAUGUACCUGUUCUUUCCUUUUAAACCAUGGAUGUAGAUAUUGUAUCUUGACUUUGUAUUAAAAGCAGGAUGAUUGGAUAUACAGCACAAUGA